AUGGAGAGCCGAUAUGGCCUUGACAUCACGUUCAACUUCAUCGACGUGUCGCCGGUGAAACUACCAGAGGACAGCUCUUCAGUGUUCGGUAGUGACCUAUCGAGUAUAUGCACCGGUGCAUCGAACCUCUUCGUCGGCACCGCCGAUGGCUUCGUCCACAUCGUCUCCUCGGCCUUCCGCGUCGUGCGAUCGUUCAAGGCUCACGACACCGGUUCAAUAACGCACAUGCGACAAAUUAACGACACCGCUCUACUCGUGACGGUCUCAGAAGAUCUAUCGAAUGAACCGGUCCUGAAAGUCUGGGCCCUGGAUACGGAGAAGAAAGACGGAGGUCCGCGGUGUUUGUCGACUGUCUCUGUGCAGAAUGCCAGGAGGCAGUUUCCGAUAUCUGCCUUUGCUGCCACCGAAGACCUCUCGCAAGUAGCCGUCGGUUUCGCGAACGGAUCCGUGACGAUCAUCCGAGGCGACCUGAUUCAUGACCGCGGCGCACGACAGCGAAUCGUAUUCGAGUCCGAGGAACCGGUGACAGGACUUCAAGUCCAAAAUGGCGCCAUCACAACACUGUACAUCUCCACAACAAGCCGGAUCCUGACACUGGUUAUCGCUGGGCGCGGACAGGGUCAGCCCGCGCGCGUCUUGGAAGAUACUGGCUGCGGUUUGGGCUGCAUGACACUUGACAAAGAGGGUGGUGAUAUUCUCAUUGCCCGAGAGGAUGCUGUCUAUACCUAUGGCCCGCGCGGUCGUGGCGCAAGCUAUGCGUUUGAGAGCCCGAAGACAUCAAUUGAUGCUUUCCGUGAUAAUGUGGCUCUUGUCUGUCCGCCCAAGGCUGGCGCUGGAAAGUCGGAUCCGCUGAGAAAGUACACUGCUACCCCCGGCGAGGAAAUUUUUGGCACGACGACGUUCACCCUGCUUGAUACGGAUCUCAAGUUCAUCGCGCACAGCGAAGCUCUUGUCAGCCCUAUGAAGCAAAUUUUUAUGGAAUGGGGGCAGCUAUUUCUGCUCACGACGGACGGAAAGAUCUUCCGUUAUCGGGAAAAGACACUCCAGCAAAAGCUUGAAAUUCUAUAUGAACGCAACCUUUACAUUCUGGCAAUCAACCUCGCGCAGAAAAUUGGAAUCGAUCCGCUCCAGCAAAAUGCUAUCUAUCGCAAGUAUGGAGACUUCCUGUAUCAACGGGGUGACUAUGACACCGCCAUGCAACAAUAUCUCCGCGCCAUCGAUAAUACAGAGCCUUCUCAGGUCAUCAGAAAGUAUCUGGAUACCCAGCGAAUUCAUAAUCUCAUCGAAUAUCUUGAAGAGCUACACGAUCAUGGUCGUGCCACUGUCGAUCAUACAACUUUGCUUCUCAACUGUUACGCAAAACUCAAAGAUACAAGCAAACUUGAUUCCUUCAUCAAGGCUCCUGGUGAGCUAAAGUUUGAUCUUGAAACGGCCAUUGCCAUGUGCCGACAAGGGGGUUAUUAUGAACAAGCGGCCUACCUUGCAACGAAACAUGGCGAGAAUGACAUGGUUGUCGAUAUCUUGAUUGAAGACUCGAAGAAAUAUGCUGAAGCGGUAGAAUACAUCUGGCGCUUAGAUGCUGAAGUGGCCUAUGCAAACUUGAUGAAGUAUGCAAGGGUGCUCCUGGCCCAUUGUCCUGAGCAGACAGCGGAACUAUUCAAGGUCUACUAUUCUGGUCAAUACCAGCCACGGAAGGAGGUAGAACACCCAUUACAGCCUCAAGAGCAAACCACAAGCACAGUACAAAGUCUCGCUGCACUCUUGCCUCUGCGCUACAUGCAAGUUGGAAGUGGCAAGCAGCCGGAGGCCCCUGUGCCUGAGCCAGAGAUAAGUGAAGACAAACCGGAAGAAUCGCCACCAGAUUAUGAGAUCCCCAAGCCUCGCACGGCCUUCUCCGCAUUCGUGGAUCAUCCGAAAGAAUUCAUCGACUUCCUUGAGACUGUAGCGCAAAAGCCAGAUCUGAAGAGGGAUGCUAAGAUAGAUCUCUUCACAACGCUGUUCGAAAUGUACUUGGAUACAGCCAAGGGCAAGAAAGACGCAUCCGAGAAGCGGGAAUGGGAAACCAAAGCAAAGAAACUAAUUGAAGGGAAAGAUAUUCCAAUUUCUACUUCCAACGUCCUUCUCCUGUCCGAUCUAUCAGAUUUCCGCGAAGGAUCCACGCUUGUCCGCGAACAAGAAGGUCUCCGCCUGGACAUUUUCCGCUCUUUCACCUCCGCAAAAGAUACCCAAGGUGCCAUUAAAGCACUCAGACGAUACGGACCCGACGAGCCCCAGCUCUACGUUGACGCCCUAACAUACUUCGCCUCGAGCCCCCAAAUCCUCGAAGAAGCAGGCGACGAGCUCGACGCAGUCCUCCAGCGCAUCAAUCAAGACGGACUCCUCUCCCCGCUUCAGGUCAUCCAAGCCCUAAGCAACAAUGCCGUGGUCACAAUGGGCCGCGUCAAGAAGUACCUCAGCGACAAUAUUGACCGUGAGCGCAAAGAGAUCACUACCGUAAAUACCCCCUACCCCUAUCUCUACUGUACCAGCCUCAAUCUAACACUCGCAGAACCGUCGUCUGAUAACAAGCUACAAAUCCGAAACCACGGCUAA